CUCAGACACGACCAUUGUGCUUUUGGUGAUUGUCAUCGUUGAGUUGUCGCCUCCCCACAUUCAGGAUUCAGCCUCCUCCUCCAUUUGCAGCCUCCAUCCCACGCCAGAACUCCGCGGACACACCGAUGGCCCAGCCCGCCGCCCCACCCAGCUACGCCGAGGCCACGGCCGGCGACAAGGAAAGGGGGGUGGGGAGCCCCCCUUACGGGGCCCCGCCGCCCCCCGUGCCGCCCCCCUCCAUUCCUAUCCACCCCAGCUGGGCGUACGUGCACACCAGCCCCAGCCCAGUCUACACUAACCCGUACGCCUCGGACAUGUCCUCUCCCCUGUCGGGCCCCAGCACCAGCGGCAGCUGUGACGGGCUCAGCGCGGACGGCUGGGAGGACAAGAACAUCCGCCGUAUGUUCAUCCGCAAGGUCUUCAGCAUCCUGAUGGUGCAGCUGAUGGUGACCUUCGGCGUCGUGGCGCUCUUCACGUUCUGCGAUCCAGUCAGGCAGUUUGUACAGUUCAACCGCAUCCUUUAUCUUGCCUCUUACAUCACCUUCAUGGGGACAUACCUGGUUCUGGUAUGCAGUACGAGUGCCAGACGGCGGUAUCCUACCAAUCUCAUACUCAUGGGCAUCUUUACACUGGCGAUGUCGUACAUGGCUGGCAUGCUGGCCAGCUACCACAACACCAAGGUGGUGAUGCUCUGCGUGGGCAUCACGGCGCUGGUGUGCCUGGCGGUCACGCUCUUCUGCUUCCAGACCAAGUUUGACUUCACCUCGUGCCAUGGUCUGAUGUUCUCCCUCAUGAUGGUGCUGAUGGUGACAGGGCUGCUGCUUAUCUUCACUGCUCCCUUCGGAUAUAUUCCCUGGCUGCAGACAGCUUACGCGGGACUGGGAGCCCUGGUCUUCACUCUGUUCCUGGCAUUUGACGUGCAGUUGCUGAUGGGAAACAGACGCUACUCCCUGACCCCGGAGGAGCACGUGUUUGGGGCACUCUGCCUUUACAUGGACAUCGUCUACAUCUUCUUCUUCCUCCUGCAGCUCUUCGGGAGCCGCGAGUGAACCCCCAAGCCCCUCCCCCCUCCCGCACACACACACAACUCC